UUACGGAUUGUGGUACGGUAGAUAAUAAAGAAACGGGAGGGAUCGGAGGAUUCCCGUUUGAACAGCGCCGCCUAACUCAGCCACCAUAACGAACAAUUGUUGGAGGGAACACACACCGAAUGCGGAGUCAUUGAGCCGGGGAAAGCGUCGUUCAGAUUUGGUGGGAAUGGUUAAAACCAAGCACCAAAAGUCCAACUCCAAGCGACACCCACAAAACAAAAAGCCUGGAAAGUCACCUGAUAUUUCUCCGUUUCGUGCUCAGCUUGACUUAUUGAACCUCCAAAUCGUUCAAGUGACUGCAGAUGGUAAUUGUUUUUUCAGGUCCCUUGCAGAUCAGUUAGAUGGCGAUCAAGAGGAACAUGUGAAGUAUCGGAAGAUGGUUGUUCAAUAUAUUUUGAAGAACCGUGAAAUGUUUGAGCCAUUUAUUGAGGAUGAUGUCCCGUUUGAUGAAUAUUGUGAUUCCAUGGAAAAGGAUGGUACCUGGGCUGGGCAUCUAGAACUGCAGGCUGCUUCUCUUGUUACUCAUUGUAACAUAUGCAUUCACAGGAUAUCAUCACCUCGUUGGUACAUACGAAAUUUUGAGGAUCGAGAAGCUCGUAUGGUCCACUUAUCUUAUCAUGACGAGGAACAUUAUAAUAGUGUGCGGUCGAAGGAAGACACGUGCGCUGGUCCAGCCAGGUUAAUCAUAAUCAAAGGUGAUACUGUUCCUUCACCGAUCUCACUUCAAAGAAAAGUUCUCUCCAAUUCUCAAAAGAGGGGUGAAACUGCUACUAGUCCUGGAAAUGUUAAAUUAGUAAUGGCAGGUAGUGGUUGUCAAAAUUCUAAGAAAGUAGAAAAGGUUUUGGUCCAAGUUGAUGGUGAUGUUGAUGCUGCAAUCGAGUUUCUGGUAGCAGAACAAGCAACAGAAGAACACGAAGAACCAUCUGAAUCAACUUUGUGUGAUGUAGAUUCUUCUUUUGGUAACGAUGAGACAAAAUAUUAUGAACAAUUGGAAGAGCGAAUGGAAGAGAAGCAUGUUGAAGUUGAUUCAUCUAGUCAAAACACUAAACAUUCUAACUGUACCCGUUUUCAAUUGGAUGACAAGAGGGUCCCAAGGAAUAAACUCUGCCCAUGUGGCUCAAAAAAGAAACAUAAAGCUUGCUGUGGAUCAGUUGCUGCCAGUUCGUCUGGCAAGUAUAUAAUGAACAAAACUAUCGACUCUAAGAAGACUAGAAAGGAAAGGAAAGCGGCCAAGAAAGGUGGACCUGCUAAAGUUGAAGUGUCCACUGGAUCAGAUGGAUUGCCACAUGACUUGGGAGCUCUUUGCAUUUGAUCUUCAUCUGGCUGAGGCAUGUUAGCUGCAGCUUAAAGAGAAUUUGGAAUCACAGGGCUUCUUGUCAUGUUUUAAAGAAUCUUUUUUGCAUAACCGAAAUGUUGGUAUAAUCUUCAAGCUCGGGAUAAAUGGUGUAAUCUAUCAUUGAUUGGAUGUGGAUUUUGCCACUAGAAUAUGCCAGUGGUAAUUGGGAAAAUGAAAAACGUUGGCUUCCUCGUUGUACGUCUAUGCAAGCUUAGAUAUCUGCUGAAGCCAACUUGACUUGAAGUAUAAUUAUAGAAGCAGUAGCUCACAAAAAUGAGCUUGUGCUUCCAACCCUGCCAAAGUUCAAAUUCACUCAUCUCCUGGGGAUUAAUGUUGCAAUCGUGACAACAGUACAUUGAAGUUAUAGUAUGGUUUAUCAGUCAAUCUAUGAUCAAUAUCUUCAGUUAAUAGUAUUGCAAAAUAGAACAAGUGAAAUCACGCACCCAUUGUAUACACAAAAUAUGAUUACAAGAAAAGAUUGAUGAGGUUUCGCUAAAGUUAUAUACUUUGACUUGUCAUGGACUAUCGUAGAAAACUAGCAUUUCGAAAUCUAUUUUUAAUGCACCUGAAUUCUGCAGUAUUCCUGUAAUUAUCCGGUGCAUUAUCAUCCAUGCGCCUCUGGUAUUCUUGAAUUCAAAUUGUUUGAGCUAUGAUUCA